UUAACUGAUGGACUGAUUCUGAUUCAUUUGUUCUUGGCCUGCCUGGUAGCAGGGUGCAGCAUAUGCUGGUUCAACACUGUUUGCUUUGUCGUCUGCACACGCAGCUUCUCUGCCAGCAGCCGCCCCCUAGCACUCUCUCUCUCCACAAGCUUCAACGGCCUCAGCGCUGCCUUCUACACUCUCUUCGCCAAUGCUCUUGCCCCUUACACUGCUUCCGUGUACCUCCUCCUCAACGCCAUUCUCCCUCUCGCUAUCUCCCUUCUUGCACUCCCAGUGAUCCUCAUAUGCCGCCAACAGGACCGCCACAACAUCCACAGCAAGCCCGAGCAUGAUGAGCGUGUCUUUCUCGGAUUCUACAUCCUCGCUGUCGUCACUGGAGUAUAUCUAGUGAUCCUCGGGUCUUUCACCUCGACCGGCUCCACUGCGUGGGUCGUUCUCUCUGGCGCUAUGGCCCUCCUCGCCCUUCCUCUAAUCAUCCCUGCUGCCUCAUGUUGCUCUGAUGUGGACAUCAGUGGCCCUGAAGACUAUGCGAUGCCACUCAACAAUGGUGACCCACAAAAGCCGCUCCUAAUCAGCAAUGAUCAGUACCAAAGUGAGUACCAGCUGCAGGGCUGUUGUUAUGGGACGAUACUAGAGAAGGGCCGGGUGCUGGUUCUUGGUGAGGAGCAUAGCGCGAAGAGGCUCCUCCGGUGUGUUGAUUUCUGGCUCUACUACACAGCCUACUUCUGUGGUGCCACUGUUGGGCUGGUGUACAGCAACAACCUAGGGCAGAUUGCGCAGUCACUGCACCGGCAAUCGGAGCUCACCAUGCUCCUUGCCGUCUACUCCUCCUGCUCCUUCUUCGGUCGCCUUCUCUCUGCGCUUCCUGAAUUCCUUCACAGGAAGGUGUCAUUUGCUCGGACAGGGUGGCUCGCGGCCGCAUUGGUGCCUAUGCCAAUGGCCUUCUUCCUAUUGUGGAAUUCGGAAGGCGAGAACACUCUGGUAGCAGGAACAGCUCUGAUUGGCCUAAGCUCAGGGUUCAUCUUCGCUGCGGCAGUGUCAGUCACAGCCGAGCUCUUUGGACCGAAUAGCAUUGGCACAUCUAUAUCUAAGGCGCACAUCUAUAUCUAA